AUGUCGCAAAAUAGAAGAAUCAAAGCGAGCAGAGGUAAGUGUUUGAGAAAGUUUAGUAUUCUAUUCUUUAGGUGUUUUAAUACAUCCAAAUUACUGUUUUUUUUCAAAAAAUUGAAUCAAAAGCUGUUUAGAAACGGAAGCUUAUGAAAACUUCUGCGCCACACGCAGCAAUAAGCGAAGAGAAAGACAAAGUAGCUCCAGUGUUGACCCGAGCGAAGUGUCAUGUUGUGUUCAUGGAACACCGUGUGAAGUAAGUUGAAAUUAACGGUUUUAAAAUGUAUUGAAAGGUCUAAAAAUACUCACACGUAUCAUAACAGCCUAAAACGUCUAUUGUUUGAAACUGAAACGGUGUAUUUGGUUUUUAGUGUUGAGUGGUUGGUGGAAGUCAACAUAUCAGGUAUCUAACUUAUGAUAAUUCCAAUUUUAAACUUUCAGACCAGCAGAUCGAUGGGCAGCACCGGCCGCUCUCGUAGAGAAGUGAGACUACCAUCCGAGAAAAGCGAAGACAAAGUGCACGGAAUGGGAGUGGCUUACAAAAGACGUCAUCGCUAUCAGAAUGCUGGUUUGACUGGCCCGGCUGGUGGCGUUUGUCCUCCCAAAUCACCCGCCACAUUGGCAUUGACGGCGUAAGUUUUUUGAAAUUAAAAUUGUAACUUUGGCUUUUAAAGAUGUUUCACUUUUUUAUGGUGGACUGCCUGUGUAAAAGUACAGUUUUAACAGUAGUUUACAUCUUCCAUACCUCAAUAUGGCCUUAUCGUUUCAGAAAAGCCGAGAAGCUUCACCCGAAAGUGGAAAAGUACGCGUUGGAGCGGCCCAGCGACGCCCUCCUCAAGUAUUAUAUUGGAAACAAGAGCAAGCGAGAAGCCGAAAAGUUGUGUUAUCAUCGAGGAUCAUUCCGCAUCUAUCAUCGUUACCCAACCGGCAAGCUGAAGGAUUUUGAUUCGCUUCUGGGCCAAAUUCCCUUGUUUGUCGCUUAUCGUGGCGUGAAUGGGGCUAGGAGGUAAGGGAUAGAACGUUUGUUGAUCUUUAAGCCAUUUUUAAUCAAAUUAACAUGCAUAAUAUCACUCUCCUUAUCAGUAUUCUUUUUUCAACCUUAUAAGGCACCAUGGUCCCCACGUUGGUCUGGUGCACCAGACCAACGGGUGCCCUGCGGGCAUCCUAUGGUUUGAACCCUUAUAAGGCAUUGCCGUUUUCUUACUAAUAUCUUACCUUAUAAGCCCUUCAUCGUUUUAGGCACUGGCCAAUCCUAACCAGACAACGCCCAUACUCGAAGGACCAGCUCUACGUGGGUACCAAGAUAACACCACCGAUCUACUUUGACACCCUGGCUGGCCUCGUCUUCUACUAUGCCAAAUGUGUAGCCAUCUACAAGAAUGCGCAACAGAAGUUACCCGACCGUUUCCCGGUUUGGCUGAGUACGGACCCCGAAGAGGUGACGGUAGCGUGGGAGCCUCCAUCAUUUGCACAAAGCGUCUGA